AUGGGCCGAUCAUUAAAAGGCACCGUUAUCAUCACCGGCGGCAAUGGCUCCCUCGGCUCCGAAAUCGCCAUCGCCAUCGCCAAAACCCAACCCUUCACACAUCUCCUCCUCACAGCCCGGGAUCCCAGUCAACCCGAUGCGCGGGACUUGACGGAGCGCAUCCGUCUCAUCGGGCCGCGAUCCAUCGAGAUUCUCCGGCUCGACCUGGCAGACCUGCAAUCAGUCCACACCUUCGCCCUCCAGACCAUCGAGCGCGUUCGAACAAAAGAAAUCCCCCCCAUUCACACUCUGAUCCAUUCCGCAGCGACGGCCUCGUAUACGGUCGAUGAGCCUACCGUGGAUGGGUACGACCCGGUGUAUCAGACAAAUUGCAUGGCGCCGUUCCUUCUCACCGUGAGCUUGUUGGAGGCCUUCCGCGCGGGCGGCGGAACUGCUGCCGAUGGCGGUGCCAAGGUGAUCUACGUUGGCUGUGCAGAGGCGUCGAAUGGGCGCUUGGACUACUUUGAUCACGACCGAGAGGAAUCAUCCCGGUCGGUUGGGACGGUCUUGUCCAAGAAGGAGGCGAGUCUUCGCUUCGGGAGCAGCAAGUUACUUGCGAGCGUGGCGCUGUACGCUUUGCGACGCAGCUUGGCCAGUACAACAAAUAUCUCAUUAGACGUCUUCACCAUGGAUCCCGGGGUCAUGGUAGGAGACAGUCAUCUCCGAACGGGGACCCCCCUGUCCGUCAAGGUGGCACAGCAAACCCGGUCGGGACUCGGCCCAAUCUUACGGAUGAUGUCUCGCAGCGCCGUGAACAAGGCCAGUGUUCCCGCCAAGGCGAUCGCCAAAGUCGCCUUUCGUCAAGCCUCGGUGGAACAAGCAGAGCGGUAUUUCAUUCUGGACGAUGAAUACGAGGCCGCCUCUGUGCUGAGGACGCUGCACGAAGGGGCGGCGAUGGAGCGACUGCUGCUGCGCAUGAUGCAGCAGACUGACGGGAGUGCGAAGAAUUCACCGGCUUCGAUGAGCCCUACCCCGAUGGUAUUUUGA